UGCCUCUUUACUUGCUAACAAACAGACAAGUAAAUGACAUUUUUGUCAGAUUGCUUUUACAGAUUUCAGAGCUCACUCCACAGGAAAUGACGUCACCAUACCUUGCGUCCACCUCCUGUCCACCACAGCGCCAGUUCUCAGAUUAAUUUAACACGGUGGCCCUUUAAACACUGAAAAAAAAAAGGAAAAGAAAUAGAAAAAAAAACGCAAUUUUCAGACUUUGAAUUUAAAAGAUGGCCCAACUGCAGGCCUGUCUGCAACCUGACAACAAACACCAUCGUCUGCUAUGUGAGUGACUGCAGGCUCGCUCUUAGCUAACGUUACGCAGCUGCCUGUAACCGAAGCUAAUCGGCUAUCUGUCGUUAGCUGCAGCGGCUCGCCUUGCCAUAUGAUAUUGACGCACAUUGCACAGGGACAGACCUCUGCGGACGGCGAUUGGAUCAGCAAAAACAACCCCGUAACGCUGAAAUGGACAAAGACGAAGCAGACCGGCUGAUAGAGAAGGCGAAGCUGUGUUUGCGAUCAGGGCGGAAAGAUCGGGCGCUGCAGCUGUUAUAUGAAGCCCAGAAUAUUUACCCCAGCACCCGGGCCAGAGUGCUGAUAGAUGCCAUAGCAAGGAAUGGAGGCACUGCUGCCCCAGAGGCAAACCACGUACCCCCGCCGACCGGCUGGAGAGACGAGGACAUUAGAAACAGUGAAACAAGUAAUGCCAGUGGCGAUGAAAAGAAGAGCUACACCGAGGAUCAACGCCAGGGUGUUCUCAGGAUAAAGAAUUGCAAGGACUUUUAUGAAAUCCUUGGUGUUCCCAAAAAUGCCAGCGAUGAAGAUUUAAAGAAGGCAUACAGGAAGUUGGCCCUCAAGUUUCACCCCGACAAGAACUUCGCUCCAGGAGCUACAGAUGCUUUCAAAGCAAUAGGCAAUGCAUAUGCAGUGCUGAGCAAUCCAGAGAAGAGGCAACAAUACGAUCAGUAUGGAGAUCAGUCUACAGCUUCGAACCCACCCCAACACUCCAGCCACAGCCGCCAUGGACACUACCGAAGCUUCCACAGAGACUUUGAGGCCGACAUUUCCCCCGAGGAACUCUUUAACAUUUUCUUUGGAGGAAGGUUUCCCACAGGAAAUGUCCACGUGUACACCAACCAGGGAGCCUCCUACUCUCAGUUCUAUCAGCCUCGUCGUCGACGUGCUUAUGAGAGGCGCGAGGAGGUGGUGGAAGACAACCAGAGUCAGAACACCUUCACAGCACUCCUGCAGCUUCUCCCUGUGCUGGUGCUAAUCCUCAUAUCAGUGUUUACUCAGAUGAUGGCCACUACCCCGCCCUACAGUCUCUUCUAUAAGCCGGCAAUGGGGCUGGUGGUGUCCAGGGAAACGCAGCACAUGGGCGUACCGUACUAUGUGGAUAAAAGUUUUGAGAAGGAAUACCACGGCGCUGCGCUGGACGAACUAGAGAAAUCAAUCGAGAGCGACUAUAUCGAACACCUGCAGAGCAGCUGCUGGAAAGAGAAACAACAGAAAUCAGACUUGGCAAACCUCGGACAGCUGUACCGAGAUGAACGGUUAAAGCAGAAGGCAGAGUCGAUGAGGCUGGACCACUGUGAGAAACUGCAUCGGCUGGUUGGGCGUCAGAGAGGCAAAUGAGGACUGUUUGAGAGGAGAACACGUUUCAUUACAGACUUUACAAUAAUGCGUUUUAUUGAAGUGUGUAAUUUAUCCAAUCUGGCCACUUUGUAAAGCAAUCUCUUUGGGUGGAGCGCAGUCAGCGGGAGAUUAUGCCACUGGAAACAAUGUGCCUUGUCUCCUCUUCGAUGAUAGAAAAUAGAGUUGCAUGUCAGCUGCCAGCCCUGGCUUUGGUGGUAGCAGCAUCAUGUGCAAACUCACUGUGGCAGUGUGUAUGAUGUGUCAGAGCCUUUAAACUUUCUUAUAGAAAUGGCACGACAAUAUGGGGGUUUCCCUUUGGGGUUCUGAAGGCAGUUGUAUGUUCGCACAUACAUGUUCUAUUUAUUUAGGUUUUCUAGAUUACCUGUAUGUAAUUUCUUGAAUGAUUUUGUGUCCUCGCUUAAAUCUUAGGUGUAUUUAUUUGAUAGUUAAUAGAGUGAAUGUUACUUGAGCAUCUUGGCUCAUCUUUUUUCUGUUGGAAGUAAUGACGUACAGUGACUUAAAUAAUACUGUAGUCUUUUGACAAAUCUGAGAGCUUCUGUACUGUGAAAUGACAGAGGACCUCUUUAUUUAUGAUUAAAAUACAGACGAAUCAGACAUUAGAAAGAACUGUAACAUCUAUACUGUGGUUAAUCAAGCAAUUUGAAUUCCGGCACUAUAGAAAUAGGCAGCACAUUAGAGUAAAACUUUACAAAACAUGACCACAUUUAUCUGAUUAACGUGCUUACCAUAAAAGGUUGUACUUGCCAAAAAGUGAGUUUUCUUCUACAGUAGAGCUUCCCACUCCCUGCACUACUGCUUACGUAGAUGUUUGUUGCAUUGGUCAUUAAGCUUCUGCCAUUCAGGAACCAUUCGCUAGAGGUUUAAACGUGAGAAAUGACUGUUAUGUGUUGGGGAGGGUGGGGGGUAGGGGGGACAUGUUCUGAUUUGUCCCAAGCAGGGAGUUCACUUCAACCAAAAAGCCCAUGCACCAUCCCACACAGUAUUUCUGGUGUACUUGCUAUAAAUUGGAGGCUCGGUGGUGAGCAGUAUCUGUAAGGUUACUUGAGUUAAAUGGCAUGCAAUACCGUCUUUUCAAAAACCAUGCACAACCUUAAUUUUGUCCUGGGAAAAAUGCGUUUCAGCUCAAAUUUCUAAGUGUUUUAUAAAUCCUGCACUUAUCAUUUCUACAAUGUUUUAUAAAGAAGACACAGUUUGUUUUGAAAAUCUGAACAUUAAUGAAGAAUUAAUGGUUUUAAUCGGUUUUGUUAAAUAUCUAUGGACAUGACUUUUUCCCACAGCCAGGAACCAGUGUGGUGACUUUUACUUGUCAGGUCUUGUCAUAAGUAGGAUGCUAACUUUGUAAAGCUGUUAACUUUAAUUUAAUUAAACUUAAUUUAAACCAACCGCAGAUCAUUCAAACCCUAUACAGACAUUAAUAUUUGUUGCUGUGCACUAAGACUGCCAAACUGCCUUAGCUGUUCUCAUGUUUGUGAAAUAUUCAGGUUAAUUUAAAGCACUUUUAAGUUAGUAUUUAACCCUGUGUUCCAUAUCAUGACUGUUGCAUGCACCCUAAGUGAGAGUGUUUUAUUAGUUGCGUAUUUAUUUUUUUGGCGAACACAUCUUCAUGACUACUGACACACUAAAUGUUACUUAGAAUAUUCAGGGCCACACUGUAACUCACCAAUGUGUAAAACAUUUACUGUGAUACACACAGAUCAGGUUUUGGUAUCAGUCAGUGUGGCAGUACACUUAAGCCAAAAUUAUCAGAAAAUUAAAGAUGUAUCCAGAAUACA